UUGAAUGUUUUUAAAGCUCCUUGAGGUAUUUUCAUCAGUUACAGAGGAUUUUCUUGGGAACUUUUCUCACUUUCUUCUUUAAAUCAAGUUGCUACUUUUUUUCUCUUAUAAUAAAAUCAAUAUUCCAUUCACAGUUCCUUCAUAAGUUUGCAGAGGUUUUGAUGAUGAUGAUGAUGCUUAUGUGAUUUUUUUACUUAAGUAGUUGUGUGUGUUUGUGACUAUGGAGAAACUCUUCUGUGGCAUGCCACUACUGCUUCUGGUUCUGCUUUUAGCUUCCAUUGAUGGCUCUACACAGCUUCAAUCAUCUCAAUCUCAAACCCUCUUGAGGCUGAAACAACUACUCUACUAUCCCAAAGUGUUGAGCAGCUGGAACAACUUUACUGAUUUCUGCAAUUCUGAGCCAAGCCCUUCGCUAACCGUUGUGUGUUAUGAAGAUAGUGUAACGCAGCUUCACAUUAUAGGAGACAAUGGAACUCAUAUGUUACCAAAGAGUUUCUCAAUAAACUCGUUUGUUACUACUCUUGUUAAGCUCCCUGAUGUUAAAGUUCUCACCUUUGUGUCUCUCGGGUUAUGGGGUUGGUUACCUCAGAAAAUCAACCGUUUAUCCUCUUUGGAGAUUCUCAAUGUGAGUUCUAAUUUCCUCUUUGGACCAAUCCCUCAUGAACUCUCGUCGCUCGCUAGCCUUCAGACGCUUAUACUCGAUGAGAAUAUGUUUUCUGGUGAGUUACCGGAUUGGAUUGGUUCUUUGCCAAGUUUAGCUGUGUUGAGCUUGAGAAAGAACGUGUUUAAUGGAUCAUUGCCUUCUUCACUGAGUAGCUUGUCAGGUCUUAGAGUUCUUGCUUUAGCUAAUAACCGCUUUAAUGGAGCUUUACCCGAUUUAAGCCAUUUGACAAACCUUCAAGUGCUUGAUCUUGAAGGAAACUCUUUUGGACCGUUGUUUCCUCGGUUAAGUAACAAGUUGGUUACUCUUAUACUCAGCAAGAACAAGUUUAGAUCUGCAGUUUCAGCUGAAGAAGUGAGUUCUUUGUAUCAGCUUCAGCAUUUGGAUCUUUCCUACAAUACAUUCGUUGGUCCAUUUCCUACUUCCUUGAUGUCUCUUCCCGCGAUAACUUACUUGAACAUUUCACACAACAAACUCACCGGGCGGCUUUCAGCAAAUCUUUCUUGCAACUCACAGCUGAUGUUUGUCGAUAUGUCGUCAAAUCUUCUUACGGGAAGUUUGCCUACUUGCCUUAAACCGAGUUCCGGCACUAGCAGAGAUGUUGUCUAUGCAAGCAACUGUUUGGCUACUACGAAUGAAGAUCAACGCCCAGUUUCAUUUUGUAGCAAUGAAGCUCUUGCUGUUGGAAUCCUACCACAGAGGAGGAACAAAGUUUCCAAAGUGGGUAUUGCUUUAGGCGUAACCGCAAGCAUUCUCGGGGUAAUUCUCCUCGCCGGUGCCUUAUUUGUGGUUCUUAGGAGAUUAAAUGCGAAGAGAACAGUGACGAAAUCUUCCCCAAGAUUGAUAAGAGAGAAUGCUUCAAUGGGCUACACAUCAAAAUUACUAUCAGAUGCAAGGUAUAUAUCUCAAACAAUGAAGCUAGGAGCGCUCGGUCUUCCAGCUUACAGAACAUUCUCACUGGAAGAGCUCGAGUAUGCGACAAAUAACUUUGAAUCCUCUGCUUUCAUGGGUGAAGGUUCUCAAGGACAGAUUUAUAGGGGGAGAUUGAAAGAUGGAUCCUUUGUGGCAAUCAGAUGUUUGAAAAUGAAAAAAAGUUGCAGCACACAAAACUUGAUGCAUCACAUUGAGCUCAUCGCUAAACUGAGGCACCGUCACUUGGUUAGUGUGCUCGGGCACUGCUUCGAGUGUUACUUGGAUGAUUCAACAGUCAGCAGAAUGUUCUUUGUCUUUGAGUAUGUCCCAAAUGGAGAACUCAGGACCUGGAUUUCUGAUGGUCACAUGGGAAGAUUGCUUACUUGGGAACAACGCAUAAGCGUAGCGAUAGGUGUAGCAAAAGGGAUCCAGUUCUUGCAUACUGGUAUUGUGCCUGGUGUUUAUGAUAACAACAUUAAAAUAACAGACAUUUUGCUUGACAAUAACCUCGCGGCGAAAAUCAGUAGCUAUAAUCUUCCAUUACUUGUGGAAGGUCUUGGAAAGGUGGGACAAGUAGGAUCUCGAAGCGGACCUAAAGGCACUCCAAGCAUAAAAAGCGAAGAUAAAAUCGAUAUCUAUGAUUUUGGAGUGAUCUUGCUUGAACUUAUAGUGGGAAGACCAUUGAGAGCAAAGAGUCAAGUCGAUGUUCUAAAAGAGCAGUUACAAGCAAGCAUUUCAGCGGAUGAUGGAGCGCGUAGGAGCAUGGUGGAUCCAAUGGUCCAUAGAGCUUGUUCCGACCAAUCACUGAAGACAAUGAUGGAGAUAUGUGUAAGGUGUCUCCUUGAAGACCCUUUAGAACGUCCUUCCAUUGAAGAUGUCAUGUGGAAUCUUCAGUUUGCUUCUCAAGUUCAAGAAGGUUGGCUACAAAACAGCAAUCCCUCGAGCAUUCGCGGCUCGCCUUCUCCGGCUGCUUCCUCUCUUCCUCCUCCCUCUCGUUUACACGUAACAACACUCGAAUCUCCCCGAGAUUCAGGAUGUGAAGAACAUGAGAGGUAGAGAGACGAGAGUUUUUGUUUGGUCCGUUGUGUGUUGUUCACUGAUCACUACCCUUUGGAAACAUAACCUUUUUGUUUGUAAUUUGAUGUUGUUUUUGUUUAUCGUCUUUAUUUGUUGUCAACGAUCAAAACAGUUAAUAAAUAGUUAGAAUUCAU